GAUUGACAUCCGAGUGGUUGGCUUUGAGCACACAAUCCAUUACUCUUACCACAGAAGGGAUCACUUGAAUGAUAUGUCUCAUCAAAAGUCUGGCAAAUCGGGCGAAGAGGUGGUGGUGAUCGCCAAAUACGACUACUCGGCGCAGGGAUCACAGGAGUUGGACCUCAAGAAGAAUGAGAGACUGGUAUUACUGGACGAUAGUAAGCACUGGUGGAAAGUGUUGAACUCGAGGAAUCAGUCGGGAUUUGUUCCCUCGAAUUACGUGAAGCGCGAGAAGCCGUCCCUCUUUGACAGCAUUAGGAAACGGGUCCGCAAGAAGACCGACUCUCACUCUCACCGCCACAACAGUCCCCUGUCGUCGCCCAUUGCGCCCAAAGCGGUCGACAUCGACAUCACGUGUUCGCCCG